UGUAGCUAUCUUGGACUUUCCUUUAUAAAAAUCCAUUCCUUGAUGGAUCAGUUCAAUGGCGUAUAGUAUAACACUUGUGAUUUGCUUCUUCCUGCUGACUAUAUGUGAAUGUGAUCAAGGAGAUUGGACAAACCAUGGAGGAGAUAUCACCAACAGGCGCUUCCAGGAGAAGGAGCACAAGAUUAGCCCCCAAAACGCUCACACCCUCGCUCAAAAGUGGAGAUUUGUCACUGGACCAUUCGUCUCGGCGACUCCAGCCAUCUACAAGGGUGUGGUCUACGUUCCAACUUGGAGUGGGCUUGUCUUUGCGGUGUCUAUGCAAGGAUCUUUGGUCUGGAGGGUGAAUUUGACACAGAUCACAGGCUUGAGUGGGGUGAUCUCAAGAACUUCUCCGGCACUGACAAAAGAGCUGGUAAUCAUUGGAUUGCUCGGCCCUGCCAAGGUUGUCGCGUUGAAAAGAGAGACUGGAAAGCUAGUAUGGAUCUCCCAGGAGCUUGAGGAAACGCCCCUUGCGAAAAUUACCAUGUCUGGAACAGCUCACAAAGAUGCUUUCUACGUUGGAAUCUCGUCAGACCAAGAGGUGAACGACACCAUUUGCUGCACCUUCCAAGGGAGCUUUCAAAAGCUCAGUCUGACGACAGGGUCACGAAUCUGGAAAACGGGCAUGCUUCCAGACAACCACGGGCAAAAUGAACUUUACUCUGGAGCCGCAAUCUGGGGAAGCAGCCCUUCCAUCGACGAAAAGCGAGGCCUCGUCUACAUCGCAACUGGAAACCUCUACACGGUUCCAGCGUCCAUCCAGGCAUGCCUCGAUGCAAAUCGAACCGGUUGCUUUCCAUCAAACGCAACCCUCUGCGACGAUGCGGUGGUCGCACUCGACACGGAGACCGGAGCCAUAAGGUGGUGUAACAGGCUCGGUGGCGGCGACGUCUUCUCCUUCAUUUGCCGCGACCGGGAAAAUCCACUACCAAAAUGCCCCUCGCAGCCGGGCCCGGACUACGACUUUGGAGAAUCUCCAAUGCUCGUCACCAUUCGUCACAGAAACAGAUGGAGAGAUGUGGUUGUCACGGGCCAGAAGAGCGGCAUUGUCUGGGCUCACGACCGAUCAACUGGAGAACUCGUAUGGGAAACUCUUGCUGGACCUGGUAGCAAGAGUGGAGGAGCAAUCUGGGGAGCUGCCGCUGAUAACACGAGGAUCUACACCAACAUCGUCAACAGAGAUGGGCUGAACUUCACGCUCAUCCCAUCUAGCAAUGUCACUCGGGGGGGCGGCUGGGUAGCCAUGGAUGCCAACACUGGAGCGAUACUCUGGUCCACGGCAAAUCCCACCGGUGCUCUAGCUUAUGGAGCGGUGGCCAUUUCAAACGAUGUGUUGUUUGUUGGAUCGUUCGAGGACGCGGGUUACAUUUACGCGCUGGACGCCAGGAAUGGGAGGAUUGUGUGGAGGGGCAUGACAAAUUCCAAACAGGGCGGGGGAUUCUCUGUGGCCGAUGGGUGUGCUUUCGUUGGAUCUGGAUACAUGCCUCCCACGACCGGUGAUUCGAUCUACGCGUUCUGUGUGGCCUAGCAAUUUCAAACUUGAAAUUCUAAGAAUAAGGGCAGUACGAAAGUGUACGGUGACCUAGGGCUUUUGGACAUAUCCCACAUGCCGGAGCUUGGUUUCAUGCCUGGGAAUGUGUAUAUAAAGAGAUUAAGGAUCGAUUUGAAAACACACGAGCCGUGUGGUCAGCGCAAAGCGAACUAUUCUUUCGCCUUUUACUAAAGAAUACCGUGUGCUGGUCACAUAAUAGCGGCAUAUCCAAAUUUUUGGAACGCUUCCUCACGAAGGCACCCCCCACAAAUAUAAAAUUAAGAAGCAUGCUUAGCU